AAGAUGCCGCCGAUUGAGGGCGAUGGUUUCGCCGUCUGCGCGCUCGACUCGAUGUUGGAACACCACAAGGGACACCUCGGUCAUCGUUUCGAAAAGUUCAAGAACUUGCGCCAAGCGAUCGAAGAUCACGAAGGUGGCAUCGAAAAGUUCAGCCGAGGCUAUGAAAAGAUGGGUUUCACGCGCACCGCGGAGGGCAUUACUUACAGAGAGUGGGCGCCGAACGCGUCGGCCGCGUGCCUUCGCGGCGACUUCAACGGUUGGGAUCUCGGCGAGAAUGGCAAGUGGAUGACCAAGAACGAUUACGGCGUGUUCGAAGUGUUCCUUCCGAACAACGCGGACGGUUCUCCGGCCAUCCCGCACGGCUCUCGCGUGAAGAUUCAUCUUCAAAUUCCCAACGGCGAACCCGUCGACCGCAUCCCGGCUUGGAUCAAGUACGCGGUGCAGGCGCAAGGCGAAAUUCCGUUCAACGGCAUCUACUACGAUCCCCCGGAAGAAGAGCAGUACAAGUUCAAGUACGAGCGACCGGAUGCCCCCGAAGAGCUUCGCAUUUACGAAGCGCACGUCGGGAUGUCUUCCACCGAGCCGAAGAUCAACUCUUACGUCGAGUUCGCCGACGAUGUCUUGCCGCGCAUCAAAGACCUCGGUUACAACGCCGUACAAUUGAUGGCUGUUCAAGAGCACGCGUACUACGCAUCUUUCGGCUACCACGUCACCAAUUUCUUCGGCGUGUCUUCUCGAUGCGGUACGCCCGAUGAAUUGAAGUACUUGGUCGACAAGGCGCACUCCAUGGGCCUCACCGUGCUCAUGGAUUUGGUGCACUCUCACGCGUCGUCCAACUCCAUCGACGGCAUCAACAUGUUCGACGGUAGCAACGGUCAGUACUUCCACUCUGGUCCGGAAGGUUAUCAUUGGAUGUGGGAUUCCCGAUGCUUCAACUACGGCGAAUGGGAAGUCGUGCGCUACUUGCUCUCGAACCUUCGCUACUGGAUCGAAGAAUUCAAGUUUGAUGGUUUCCGUUUCGAUGGCGUGACGUCCAUGAUGUACAAGCAUCACGGUCUUCAAGUCGCCUUCACGGGUAACUAUGAAGAGUACUUUGGCAUGGCCACUGACGUCGACGCCAUGGUGUACCUCAUGCUCGCCAACGACAUGCUUCACACUCUCUACGAAGGCAAGAUGACGACGAUCGCGGAAGACGUGAGCGGCAUGCCGACGCUUUGCCGCCCGGUCAGCGAAGGCGGUGUCGGUUUCGACUAUCGCCUCCAAAUGGCCAUCGCGGACAAGUGGAUCGAGGUCUUGAGCGAGUGGGGUUCGGAUGAAAACUGGGACAUGGGUAACUUGGUGUUCACCAUGGAGAACCGUCGCUACGGCGAAAAGUGCAUCUCUUACGCCGAAUCUCACGAUCAAGCGCUCGUUGGCGAUAAGACUACCGCUUUCUGGUUGAUGGAUGCAGAAAUGUACACCAACAUGUCCACGCUGGUACCCGACAGCCCCGUCGUGUCGCGCGGCAUUGCCUUGCACAAGAUGAUUCGCCAAUUCACGAUGGGUCUCGGUGGCGAAGGUUACUUGAACUUUAUGGGUAACGAAUUCGGCCACCCGGAGUGGAUCGAUUUCCCGCGCGAUGAUCGCGUCGAGGCGUCGACGGGUGAAUUCAUCCCGGGUAACGGCAACUCGUACCAUUUGUGCCGCCGACGAUUCGACUUGGCCGACAUGGACCACUUGCGCUACAAGUACCUCAACGCGUUCGACGCGCAGAUGAACAAGGUCGCCGGCGCUUUCAAGUACCUCGCGUCUAGCCACCAGUACACGUCGUGCAAGAGCGACGCGGAUAAAGUUGUCGUGUUCGAGCGCGGUGACUUGGUGUUUGUGUUCAACUGGAACCCGACGCAGUCGUUUAGCGACUACCGCAUCGGAUGCAAGGAAAAGACGAAUUACAAGCUCGUGCUGAGCUCGGACAACCCCGAAUUUGGUGGUUACUCCAACUUGUGGACGUACACGGCGCCCGAAUUUGUCGCCGAAGAUUACGCCUUCAACGGUCGCCCGGCCUCGUUCUUGGCGUACUUGCCCUCGCGCACCGUCGCCGUGUACGCUCCGGCCGACUUGGCGGACAAGGUUCUCGGCUUCGCGGCUCCGGCUUAAAGUCGCGGAGACGUCCCAAUAAAA